AUGAUUAAGGCGUUUAGAAGAAACAAAGGGCUGUCGAAUAAUUCGAAUUCGCCCAAGCACUCGAUUUCACGAGUUGGAUCGUCGCAUUCGGCCAAUACUAGCUUUGAGAGUGCUGAUUUACAGUCGCCAAAGAAGGUCAUUAAGGCGUUAUACGAUUAUCAACCACAGGGACCAGGAGAAUUGAAAUUUUUGAAAGGGGAUUUCUUCCAUGUGUUGACGGAUGGAGAAAACAAGGAACAUGAAAGUAACGGAUGGUGUGAGGCAACGAAUCCGAUGACAAAUCUGAAGGGGAUGGUCCCAAUUAGCUAUUUUGAAGUAUUUAACAGAUCCAGACCUAUGGAGACCUCCAAUUCGUCGUCACCACAACAGAAAGCACGUACCCAAAGAAAUUCGAACCAAACUUUGUAUGCUGUUACAUUAUAUGAGUUCAAGGCCGAAAGAGAAGACGAGCUAGACAUCAUUCCUGGCGAGAACUUGAUUAUAUGUGCCCACCAUGCAUUUGAAUGGUUUAUCGCGAAGCCGAUUAAUAGAUUAGGGGGGCCUGGCUUGGUACCUGUUCUGUAUGUUAAAAUCAUAGACUUAGUGAAUCCACUGAAUUCACAGGAGAGUAAUGAUGAUAUGGUGAAAGUUAUAAACGAUUUCAAGAUUCCCACUGUCGAAGAAUGGAAAGAUCAGACUGCCAAAUAUCAAGCGUCCACUAUUCCAUUAGGCUCCAUAUCCAACCAAGCUCCUCCCGUUUCGUCGCAUACUCAAUUUUUCCAAAGAGAAGCCCAAAAUGCAUCAGAAUCUAAUAGAUCAUCCUUAAGUUUAACGAAUACUUCUAUAUUAGAAGCAACAGUUGACUCAUACCAAUUAGACCAAGGUCGUUAUCAAUAUUUAAUCAUCGCGAAGUUGAGUAAUGGAAAGACACGUUAUUUAUACCGUUAUUACCAGGAUUUUUAUGAUUUGCAAGUAAAAUUAUUGGAGUUGUUUCCAUAUGAAGCGGGCAAGAUUGAAAAUUCUAAAAGAAUUAUUCCAUCUAUCCCAGGCCCUUUAAUCAACGUGAAUGAUAGUAUUUCGAAGUUAAGAAGAGAAAAAUUGGAUUACUACUUGAGAAACCUUAUUGCUUUACCUCCUCAUAUUUCAAAGUCGGAAGAAGUAUUAAGGUUGUUGGAGGUGUUAGAUAAUGGAUUCGAUAAAGAAGUGUCGGAUAAUCAAAAGGAAAGAAGAUUUCUGAAGCCAAUAAGUCAAAAAUCAAAUUACCAACAGGAUAGAAUUUCCCAGUAUUCAAAUUUCCAUAACCCUUCAAGUACGCAAAAUAGGUCAUCAUCUACGCCCACAUCAUCAGACUCAGUAUUAAAUCGUUCCUUGUCCUCGUCGUCGACUAACCUUAUGAAUUCUUUUGCUAGUACUGGUACUGGCUUGGAAACUAGUACAGGGCAACCCACUGCAUUGUCUAAUGGCACGGUCAUUGAGACAAAACAAUCAAAAAUCAAGGUCAAAUUCUAUUAUGACGACGAUAUAUUUGUAUUAUUAUUACCUACUAACUUGAGAUUACGUGACUUGAAAUCAAAACUAUGUAAAAGGUUAAGUUUGCAUGAAUCAACAAAACUUGAUUCUAAUGAUACAGUACAUAUAUUCUUGAAGAACGAUUAUGAUGACUUCUUAGAUGAUAAUGAUAUUGCCAAUGGAGAACUUCUGGAAACAAACAAACUCAAGUUGUCUACGUUUGAAAUUAAUGAUGAUGAGAAAUUCCAAAAUGUCUUAUAUGAUAAAUGCAAGUUAACCAUUCUUGUUUGA